AUGAUUAGACAUUACAGUGACGUAGCCAGAGUGUCCCUAUCCAUGAAAUUUCAAUUAAAAUUCAUUUUUAGAUUAAUGAGACCUGAUGGGAGUGUUAUUUUUGCCCGGACUGCAGAACCCCGAGUUCUUAUUCAACUCCCAAUUGAUCUACGAACCGCUGAUGAAUAUGAAAGACGAAUUCGUAUUGCUGAACGAAGGCCGAUGGUCAAACGUGAAUUUGAGGAUCUUGGCGAAGAUACUUUUAGUCAUCAAAAAUAUACUACACAAUGGAAGCGUUGA